UUGCAUUCCAAUUACCCGCCAUAUCUCUCUAUCUCCAUUUUGUUACGCGUCAUUUUUGGCAAUGAAAAGUCCAUCGUUUGGUGGUGGCCGGCGCCGGAGUUCUAGCUCCGGCUUACCGGAAAAGAUGACCCACUCGCGGAGUUCCUCUAAUUAUUCCACUUCCACUGCUUCCAGCUCUUCCCACAAGUCAACCACCGGUUCCACUAAGAACCCAGUCAAGAACGCCGCCCGUUCUAUGGCCGACGCUUUGGUGUCUUGUUUUACUCCGCCGGAGACGCCCAAAAACUCCGGAAACUUCAGCGUUUUUUCAGAUAAGUCGGAUGCUUCAAAUUCUGGAGGCAAGAGGAUAAGUGGCUUAUAUCGGGGAAUCUAUGGUAGUUCCAGCAAUUCAACGUGCAGGGGAGAACCGGGGAGUACUAAAUUCACCAUUGAAGAAAUCUACAAGGCCACCAGAAACUUUUCGCCUAGCUUCAAAAUUGGACAAGGUGGUUUUGGGACAGUCUACAAGGGUCAACUCGAAGAUGGAACUUUGGUUGCAGUUAAACGUGCUAAGAAGAUUGUCUAUGAUAAACAUUUGGGGACUGAGUUUCAGAGUGAGGUUCGAACACUGGAACAAGUGGAACAUCUAAAUCUAGUAAAAUUUCAUGGUUAUUUGGAGCACGGAGAUGAGAGGAUUAUUGUUGUUGAGCACGUUCCAAAUGGAACCCUUAGAGAACAGUUGGACCGUGUGCAUGGUAACGUUCUUGAUUUUGCUGCAAGGUUAGAUAUUGCAAUAGAUGUGGCGCACGCAGUUACCUACCUCCACAUGUAUACAGAUCAUCCCAUUAUCCAUAGAGAUAUCAAGUCUUCCAACAUUCUUCUCACGGAGAACCUACGAGCUAAAGUAGCUGACUUUGGUUUUGCUCGGCUAGCCGCUGACAGUGAAUCAGGAGAGACACAUGUUUCGACCCAAGUGAAAGGAACUGCUGGCUAUUUAGACCCUGAAUACCUGAAGACCUACCACCUCACAGAAAAGAGUGAUGUUUAUUCGUUCGGUGUAUUACUAGUGGAACUAGUUACAGGCAGGCGUCCGAUUGAGCCAAAACGGGAGCUACAGGAACGGAUUACUGCUAGAUGGGCUAUGAAGAAGUUUUCUGAUGGAGAUGCAAUCUUAACUCUGGAUCCAAGGCUGCGGAGGUCUCCUGCAAAUAACUUUGCAAUGGAAAAAAUUCUUGAAUUAGCCUUGCAAUGUUUGGCUCCUCAUCGACAUAACAGGCCUACCAUGAAGAUGUGUGCGGAGAUUCUCUGGAAUAUACGCAAGGAUUACAAAGAAUUCUCGACUUCAGAUACACCUUCACUCUCUUCGAAUGCUCAGAGAAGUAGCUCAAUCAGACAAGAAUAAGCACCAUAUAUAUGUGAUUUUGGGCGAGUAUUUGCAUCGCAUAACUUGAUUUCAUUGAGAUGCAUGGAGAAAAUACUGCAAGAGCAACAGUCUUAAAGUAGAACACAUUGCCACAGUGCAAAUCGAAGAAAAGAGAGCAUUUGAAGGUGUUUGGCCUAUUGCAAAGAUGUUGGAGAUUAGAUCACGAUGUUUGACUUCUGCAUAUAGGGACGGAUUGCAUAAUAUAGGGAAUUGUAUAUGUUGAUUUGAAAAGUAUCUUUUAUAUAUACAUUCACUUGUGGAAAUUGACUGAUUUGUUGAAUUUGGUUUGGUUUACAUUUUGUGAUUAUGAAAUUGUUUAUGUUGAUUUGAGAA